AUGCCCCUUUGUUCUCUAUCACAAUCAACCCAUCAUCACUUUUAUCCAACAGCAGCCAUUGGCUUUACGCCGCAAGAAAGCUAUCCACAUAGUCUUCCGGUAUCAACAUUACAACAGCAUUCGGCCACGGAUUUCUUUUGGAAAGAGAAAAAGUUUGUCAUUGUGCGUCAUACAAAAUUGGAUAAUGUAUCCGAAGAAGAAGAAGAAGAGGAAGAGGAAGCAUCGCUCAAGCUACGUCGUAGGAGACGUCGCCCAUCCUCCUCCGUGGCACUAUUACCCAUGCUCAUGGAAACCAUCCUUGAGGAAGAGGACGAAUGA